UUCAAUCUUCUGUGACAGCGAAAGCUUGUGCAGCAAUUGGUGGAAACAUUCGUCCUGGAUUCGUGCUGGAGGAUGCGCUUCAGAUUGUGCAGCAAAAUGUGCAGCUAGCUGCUCAUUGCAGAGAGUUUUGGUCUGUCAAGCUACGGGGUGGUCAAUCGAGCUGCAAGUUGGGCACAAAUUAGAGCGUGCUUCACGUCUCUCUUGUUCGUUUGCGUCAAUCUGUUCACCUCUUGCACAUAUCAUGUCGGGCAAGAUGCACAAGUAUCUGGGUCUUUCGACCAGCUCCUUACUUUUCACAAUCUGCAUAGUCACAGCCUUCCUCCUCAAUGUAUCAUCUGUGGAAGCCAGAAGUGUCCUUGGUGAUGCACUGAGUUCCACAUUGAAGCUGAGGAACCCCUUCCCUCAAUCAAAGCAGCCUGCUGUGGUCACUUCUUGGGAGGCUAGCUUCAGGAAAGCAGAGGAAGAAAAGGCAGCAAGAGUUAGUGAAAUAGCUGGUUUCCAAUCAUGGCCACUUCUGCACCAAUUAACAGAGGUGGUGCAAAGGAUUACGGAAAGCUUUGGAGCUUGGUUGGCAGGACCAGAGAAUGAUGUGGCCCCCUUCCCGCCUGCACCAUUGAUGCCUAUUCCAAAUGCACGGCAGCUGGCUUGGCAGCAAGGAGAGCUUUCCAUGUUCCUGCACUACGGGAUGAACACGUAUACUGACAAGGAGUGGGGAGACGGCCAUGAGAGCCCCGAGCUGUUCAACCCUGAGGGGCUCAAUGCCACUCAAUGGGCUAGUGUGGCCAAGGAGACGGGGUUCAAGUUCCUGGUGAUUGUUGCCAAACAUCAUGACGGCUUCUGCGCCUGGCCCAGCAAGUACACGGAGCAUUCUGUGAAGAACAGCCCCUGGAAAGAUGGCAAGGGCGACGUCGUCCGUGAGGUGGCCGAUGCCACCAGAAGUGUCGGGGUUGGAUUCGGGAUUUACCUGUCGCCAUGGGAUCAAAACUGCUCCGUCUAUGGGGACACUCGACUGUACAACGAGUACUACAUGGGGCAGCUAACAGAACUGAUGUCAAAUUACGGGCCGGUUGUGUACAACUUCUACGACGGCGCCAAGGGCUCGUGGGGCAAGGCGAUGCAGUACCACUGGGACCAGAUCAUGACGCUGAACCACCAGCUGCAGCCCGGCUCGGCGAUUUUCUCGGACAACGGGCCGGACGUCCGGUGGGUGGGCAACGAGGGCGGGUGGGCUGGGGAGACCAACUGGGCCACGAUCGACCGGAAGAAGGUCCACAUCGGUGCUAACCCCCCGACCCCGAGCUACGCCUCCGAGGGGGAGGAGGGGGGCCCCGACUACAUUCCGCCCGAGUGCGACACUUCGAUUCGGCCCGGUUGGUUCUACCACCAGGAAGAAACCCCCAAGUCGGUGGAUGUGCUCGUCGGCACCUACUUCACCUCUGUUGGGCGGAACGGGCAUCUCAUUCUGAACGUGCCUCCCAACAGAGCGGGCGUCUUCGACGAUGCUGACGUCAGCGCCCUCCGGGGCUUCCGCAAAGCGCUGGACGACAUCUUCUCCACUGACGCAACGUCCGACAGCAACGUGACUGCCAGCAACGUCAGGGGGGGGUCGGAUUCCGGGCCAUUUGGACCCCCCCAGGUGCUAACGGACGACAUCCGGACGUACUGGGCGACCGAAGAUGACGUGCGGGAGGCAACAAUCGAGCUGCAUAUGACGGCAAACAAGACGUUCAACGUCGUCAGGCUACAGGAGCCGAUCCAGCUGGGCCAGCGGAUCUCGAAGCACUGCGUCCAAGUGUUCGACUUCCACACGCGCACCUGGACCACGCUCGUCGGAGGGACGACUAUUGGGCACAAGCGGCUUCACACCACCGAGGCCGUGGUCACCGACAAAGUGCGCGUGCGCGUUUACAGCUCGCGCGCGCCCCCCUUGCUCGCGUCGAUCGGGCUCCACUAUAGCGAGCAUCCGGUGAAGGAGCCGCCUAGGGAGUACGGGAGGGCGAGGUUUGGCGGGUCCGCUUCCGAUGCCCAGAUUUGAUCCUGAAGAGGCGCGUCUUUUGAUCGUGCCGCCUGGAGCCUAUGUAGAAAAAGAGUUGGUUGUUCAGAUCCGUCCACGACGUCAAAACUUGCAAUCAGUAUUCGGCGUCUUGUCUGUAACAUACAAUCGAGGGAAUCCCGGAUGUCUCUUACAGGGACAUGGUAUGUCCCUUUGAAAAGCUUAACCGGCCUACUUGGCAGAGGUGUUACAGGCACCGCUAGCGAAAUUUUGGGUCCAUACUUUUAAGAUCUGAAGAGAGACGACGGGCAAAUAAGUACGACCAGCCAGUCGCCUUGCGUGCCCACACCAUCUGGAGAACCGACGGUUGAGUUUGAUGUCCGAUUAGUCCUUCAGUCCACUUUACACAGCAAGGGGAUCAUUCCGGACAUAUACUAGAUUCGGUAUGUUGGUCACGAAAACAUAAACAUCGAGCUUUUGUGCGCCUUGACUUCCGUUCCUUAACUUAUUGUGUCUUUAUAUAUGGG